AGCUCCAUAUGCUCUCCUCACUUCUCAUCGUGUCGUCGUCCUUGGAGUUUCGCCUCUAAAAAUCUCCCAAUCUCCGCCAAUCUUUAAUUUUAAUUCCCCAAUUAUUUCACCAUGUUGGACUUUUUCGUACUCUUUGGCAAGGGUGGAAUCGUUCUCUGGUGUUUCCAGUCCACCAAGGAAGCCGUCCUCACAUCCGUUAAUGCGCUUAUUCGCUCCGUUAUCCUCCAGGAACGAGGUGGCGAUGGUCGCUUUGAACAUGAACAGCUCAUGCUCCAGUUUAAAUUGGACAAUGAAUUUGACCUCGUUUUUGUCGUCGGGUAUCAGAAAGUGUUGAAAUUGAAUUAUGUCGACAAAUUUUUGGAUGACAUUCACCUCGAAGUUAGAGAUCGAUACAAGAACGAAUUGCUGGACAAGAGAGGGCUUUUGCAGGGCUUGGACUUAUCCGUUGAGUAUGAAUCAAUCCUGCAUGCGGCAGAAGUUUGGAGUUUUGAGUUGGCGAAACAGCCCAAGACGAUGAAAAGUUUCGAUGAGUCGAAAAAAUCAAAGAAGACUGUGGCUUCUAUGAUUGAAACCAAAGGGGGUGGCUAUCCAGAGCCUGAAUCGAAGAAGGGGAAAAAAGCUAAGGCACCUGCGGUGGCGCCCACUCCCGUUACACAAGAAAAUAAUGGCGACGAUGGGGAUUCUGCCGACGAAAAUGGAGAAGGAGAUGGUGAGGAGGAGGAAAAUGUGGACCCAUUUUCUGGCCUAUCACUGCCAAUUGGAAAGCAAGUGUCGAAAGGACCGGGUGGGAGGAGAGUAGUUAAAGUCAAGAGUCCAAAAACGGGGAAGGACAAGGGAUCUGGAAAGAAACCUCGGACUUGGGACCAAGGAGGGACUACUCGUGACCUUGCCGAGCUUGAUAGAUCCCGACCUGGAGAUGCCCAAUCCCAGGAAUUUAUCCCAACUGAUCGUUCCAUUAUUGGAAAGAUGUCGGGUCAUAUCAAAGCAUUGGAGGUUAGAGUGGAUGACUCGUCGUCCAAGAAAGGGAAGGAGGGUGGAAAUGUGGUCACUAACCUGUUCAAGGGGCUCGUUGGUGGGAAGGCGUUGAGUGAUGGGGACGUUGCCCCAGCUUUGGAGAAAUUGAAAGAUCAUCUCAUCUCGAAAAAUGUUGCUGCUGAUGUUUCGCUCAAGAUUUGUGACUCUGUGUCAAAGAAAUUGGAGGGAAAAGUCCUAGGAACUUUUCAGACGGUAAAUUCGACUGUCAAAAGUGCUUUGGAAGAGUCAUUGCUCACUCUCCUCCGGCCAAAGAAGCAAGUGGAUGUUCUUCGAGAUGCGCUGGAGGCAAAGAGACAACAGAGACCUUUUGUUAUCACCUUUUGUGGGGUUAAUGGUGUGGGAAAAUCGACCAACUUGGCCAAGAUUUGCUACUGGCUAAUUGAGAAUGAUUUCCGUGUUCUCGUCGCAGCGUGUGAUACAUUCCGUGCUGGAGCCGUUGAGCAAUUGCGGACCCAUGCUCGACAUUUGAAUGCACUUCAUCCCCCAAAGGGUGGGAUUCCGAUGGUGCAGUUGUAUGAGAAGGGCUACGGUAAGGAUGCCGCUGGUGUGGCAGCCGAAGCAAUCUCUUUUGCCAAAGACGCACGUCUGGACGUCGUUUUGGUUGAUACGGCCGGGCGAAUGCAGGACAACGAACCCUUAAUGAGGGCUUUGUCAAAGCUAAUUCGAGUGAACGAUCCCGACCUCGUGCUAUUUGUCGGAGAAGCGCUCGUUGGAAAUGAGGCGGUUGAUCAAUUGGUUAAAUUCAAUCGCGCCCUGGCUGAUUUUUCUGAUCAGAACAAUCCUCGCCUUAUUGAUGGCAUUGUGCUCACGAAAUUUGAUACAAUUGAUGACAAGGUUGGAGCAGCUGUGUCCAUGGCGUAUAUUACCGGUCAGCCCAUCGUUUUUGUGGGGACAGGACAAACCUACACUGACUUGCGAACUUUGGACAGUCAAGCCGUGGUAGCUUCCCUCAUGAAUUGAAGCGCUAGCAGAAAGUCAAUUGCUGCAUAUUCUUUCUUCCACACUGUUCCACUCUGGUUCACUUAUUCCUCAACCAUAUGCCUUUCCAUUUAAUGCUAUUAUUACCUGAAAUUUUACACGAUUUUUGAAUGGAUUCUUGAUCCUCCCGUUUAUGUUGAUCAUUUUGUUGAUUGUCAACAUCCAUGGAAUAUUCGGAAAAUGUACACACAUAUAUGCAUGUAUACAUAUAUAUUUUCGUAUAGAUUGUAUUUAAAAUUACUUAUUUGAUCAAUACAAAAUAAAAACGGUUAAAAUUA